AUGUGGGGUUGGAACAUGCUGUGCAAUAAGUCUGUGGUUACGUGGCCUAAGGAUGUGCACUCCACUGGGGCAAGAAGGAGAAGAAUGUCAUCCAUUCACCCAUAA